UCUUCCACUUCUCCAUUCAAUCGCUGGAGCUCGCCAUGAAAUCCAUGGCGACCACCGCCAUGGCCAAACCCUCGCUUUUCUCCUCACUUCGCAUGCAACUCGCGAAGCCCCACCCCUCUCCCCGCCGCUCAUACGUCCGCGCCUCACCCCCCUCCCCUUCCACCCUCUACGCUCGCCCCAGCCUCCAGCAGAUGAAGAUCCAGAGCGCCGAGAACCGCGCCCGCGUCUACGACUUCCUCCGCUCCAUCGGCAUCGUCCCCGACGAGCUUGAAGGUCUGGAGCUCCCCGUCACCGUCGAAGUCAUGCGCGAUCGCAUCGAUUUCCUUCAUUCCCUCGGCCUCACCCUUGACGACAUCAACAACUACCCCCUCGUCCUCGGAUGCAGUGUCAAGAAGAACAUGAUCCCCGUCCUCGACUACCUCGGCAAGCUCGGCGUUCGCAAAUCCACCUUCACCGAGUUCCUCCGAAGGUAUCCCCAGGUACUCCAUUCCAGCGUCGUCAUUGAUCUCGCUCCCGUCGUCAAGUACUUGCAAGGCAUGGAUAUCAAAGCUGGAGACAUCCCUAGGGUUCUCGAGAAGUACCCGGAGUUGCUAGGGUUCAAGCUUGAAGGCACAAUGAGCACUUCCGUUGCGUAUUUGGUUGGAAUCGGCGUUGCAAGGAGAGAAAUUGGGCGAAUUCUCACUAAAUUUCCUGAAUUGCUAGGAAUGCGAGUGGGGAGAGUGAUCAAGCCUUUCGUCGAACACCUUGUGUGCAUUGGCUUGCCAAGACUAGCAGUUGCAAGAUUGAUUGAGAAACAGCCCCAAAUUCUAGGGUUUGGAUUGGAGAACAGAGUGAAGCCCAAUGUUGAAGCUCUAGUUGAGUUUGGUGUUAGAAAUGAGGCUAUUCCAUCAGUCAUAGCUCAGUAUCCUGAUAUUAUCGGUAUCGAAUUAAUGCCGAAGCUUGCUUUGCAGCAGAGUUUAUUCGAAAGCAGCAUUUUGAUAGGCCGGGAAGAUUUCGGGAGGGUGCUUGAGAAAAUGCCUCAGGCUGUUAGUCUCGCCCGGGGGACGAUUUUGAAGCAUGUCGAUUUCUUUACAGGGAAUGGUUUUAUGUUGAGUCAAGUGAGUAGGAUGGUCGUCGGUUGCCCGCAGUUGCUUGCUUUGAAUCUUGAUGUUAUGAAGAUGAGUUUCGAGUAUUUUAAAGCCGAAAUGGAUAGGGAUUUGGAGGCCUUGGUUGAGUUCCCGGCUUUCUUUACUUAUGGUCUUGAGUCGGCAAUUAGGCCUAGGCAGCAGAUGAUUGCGAAGAAAGGAGUUGAGUGUUCUUUGGCAUGGAUGCUUAAUUGCACUGAUGAGAAGUUCAAAGAGAGAAUGAGUUAUGAGUCAAUUGGUAUCGAGGAAAUGGAGGUGGAAUCAUCGGCAUUUGAUAUGAAUUCUUUGUUAGAGCCUAGGGAAGAAGAUGAUGAAGAUGAUGAAGAUGAUGAAUUAGAGCAUGAGGAUGAUUUGGAUGAUGAGGAUAGUGAUGAUGAGUAUGUGUGAAUUUUGUAAAGCAUUAGACAGAGGAGCAACUUCUUCACUGGUAUGAGUUUUUUGUGCUAUUAAAGUGUCAUAUCUUGAAAUGGUAAUAUCCAUCAAUUUGUUAUAAUACUCAUGAUUAUGGUCUUUGAAGAAACUCUUUGUAUUGUUUUGUGACUCCAUUGAAGUUGUACUUUGUUUGAACACUAGCUUUUCUUAGGUAUGCAACCAUGUACCAA